AUGCCCCAUAUCUGCCCCAUCUACCUGACCGCCCCGUCACUCAGGCACGUUUUCUUCCUCUUCCUGGUUUCUUCUUCAGUGUUUGAUGUGAGGGUGGACAGACAGAGUGUGUGUCUGUCCAGGCUAGAUGUGUGUAACGUGCCCAUGGUCGACUACCCAGCCCUGUCUCUAUCUAAAGCUCUGCUGACCAGCCGGCUCACAGUGCUGCACCUUCACAAUGCCCAGCUCAGCGGCAUGCCACUUUACACACUGGUUGGUGCACUGAAGGCAAACAGGGCUUUGCAAGAGCUCCACCUCACCAACAACCUGCUGAACAGCUACCAGGACGCCCUGCAGCUGGGAGACCUGCUACGCUACAACACCACCUUAAAGACUCUGGAGCUCAGCAACAAUGCUGUGGCAGAUUCUGGUUUGGAGGAGCUCUGUGAUGGUCUGAGGCGGCAGACGGCAGGUCUGAGGGUCUUACUGCUGAGGAACAACCACAUCACUGCUGAAGGCAUGGUCCAUCUGGCCAAGACGCUGCCCGUGCUGAAGGUCCUGCAGGUCCUGGAUUUGGGCGAGAACUUCCUGGGGAACGAGGGGAUCCAGGUGAUCAGGAUGCCUCUGAUGGUGAACUGCUCAGUGCUGCAGCUCGGCCUGGCCCAGGCCAGUAUCACCUGUGAAGGUGCUGUGGCAUUGGCUGAGUUCCUCGCUGAGAGCCAUCAGAUUCAGCGUCUGGACCUCCGUCAGAACGAAGUGAAGGUCGGGGGCCUGAUGGCCCUGUGUCUGGCCCUGAGGAUCAACUGCUCUCUUGCUAGUCUGGAUUUGGACCUUGCACUGCCACAGGAGCAGGACGAGUUCCUGAUGGAGAUCCAGACACGGCUUCAGUCAGAGAUCGCCCAGUGUUGCCUCACCAAUGCCAGACUCUCAGGCCGCACCGUGGAAGCCUCUGAGAUGCUGCCUGCUGAGGCCGAUGAUGCGGCUGACAGCACGACCACAGCCUGA